AUCGCGUGGGGCUGCGGGCGCUGCGGUGCUGCGCUGAGCUCCGGGCCUUAUGGAGACUGCUGGCUGCGCCGGUGGUGCCUGUGCCUCUAGGGCUCGGUGAGCUCCGCGGUGUCGCGCGGAGCUGCGUGUGACUGCCGUUUCUGCCGUCGCGCGGAAGCCUCUGUGUUUCUCUGUUUCUGUUAUUCGUAUAUUACGUGAAAAGCCAUUUUCGGAGCGUCAGCUGACGUCAGAACUCUGGGAAGUGCCCUCACCAUGUGGACUUUCCUGGGCAUCGCCUCCUUCAUCUACGUGUACAAGAAGUGUGGGGACCUCAUGAGCUACGCCAACAAGGAGGUGCUGCUCUCCGCUGCGCUCUUCUUCUCCCUGGGCCUGCUGCUCUCCUAUCGCUACCACUUCCGUGCGCCCCGGCAGCAGCAGCAGCAGCAACAGAAGCCCCACCUGGGGAUGCUCUCCCACGCUCUCUCUGCUCUGCCACUGGUGGGCUUCUUCUGGGCCAAACCUGCUGCGGGGUCUCAGCGAGUCAAGCAACCCGGAUCCAGAAAGGGUAAAAUAGAAGUAAAUGUCUCAGAUAUGCACCUGACAGAGGCUGCUUCAGUUACGACAUCAUUGCCCCAGAAUGAUCCAGAAGUUAUCAUUGUGGGUUCAGGUGUCCUUGGGUCUUCCUUGGCCACGGUGCUCGCCAGAGAUGGAAGAAAAGUGACUGUAAUAGAGAGGGAUCUGAAGGAGCCUGACAGGAUAGUUGGAGAAUUGUUGCAGCCUGGCGGUUUUAAUGCACUUAAAGACUUGGGUCUUGAAGAUACAGUAGAAGGUAUCGAUGCACAAAUGGUGAAUGGUUACAUCAUUCAUGACCUAGAGAGCAAGUCGGAGGUAGAAAUUCCUUUUCCAACAUCUGAAGAUGGCCGUGUGGUGAGCGGAAGAUCCUUCCAUCACGGCCAGUUCAUCAUGGGGCUCCGAAGGGCAGCCAUGGCAGAGCCUAAUGCAAAAUUCAUUGAAGGAACUGUGACACAGCUGCUUGAAGAAGAUGAUUGCAUAGUGGGUGUUCAGUACAAGGACAAAGAAACUGGGGAUACUAAGGAACUUCAUGCACCGCUGACAGUUGUAGCUGAUGGACUUUUCUCCAAAUUCAGAAAAAACCUGGUCUCCCAAAAAGUCACUGUUUCAUCCCAUUUCGUUGGUUGCAUUCUGAAGGAUGCACCACAGUUUAAAACUAACUAUGCCGAACUUGUUCUGGCUAAAACUAGUCCAGUGUUAAUCUAUCAGAUUUCUUCAACUGAGACUCGAGUCCUUGUUGAUAUUCGAGGAGAAAUGCCAAAGAACCUGAAAGAAUACAUGCUUGAGAGCAUUCAUCCCCAACUGCCUGAUCACCUUAAGGAACCAUUUCUAAUAGCAGUUCAGAAUGAUCGUUUAAGGACUAUGCCAGCAAGCUUCUUACCUCCUUCAGCUGUUAACAAGAAAGGAGUUCUUCUGUUAGGAGAUGCGUAUAAUAUAAGGCACCCUCUUACUGGUGGAGGAAUGAGUGUCGUUUUAAACGAUGUCAAAAUAUGGAGAAGCUUGCUCCAGGAUAUUCCAGAUCUUUAUGAAGAUUCUGACAUUCUUAAGGCCAAAAAAGCGUUUUACUGGUCAAGAAAGAAGUCUCAUUCUUUUGUAGUGAAUAUUCUUGCCCAGGCACUGUAUGAACUUUUUGCUGCUACAGAUGAUUCCUUACACCAGCUAAAGAGAGCCUGUUUCCACUACUUCAGACUUGGUGGAGAAUGUGUCUCAGGUCCUGUUGGAUUGCUAUCUGUGCUAUCUCCUAAACCAAUGGUGCUGAUUGGCCACUUCUUUGCCGUGGCGUUGUACGCCGUUUACUUCUGCUUUAAGUCAGAGCCGUGGAUCACCAUGCCUCGAGCCUUCUUCAGUAGCGCAGCUGUCCUUUACAGGAGUUGCUCUAUCAUAUUUCCACUUAUUUACUCUGAAAUGAAGUCCCUCAUCUAUUGAAGUCCAAGGGGAUAUGACCAGACAAAGAAAACGUGAAGAUCACGAUGCCUUGAAAAUCUUUGGACGUGUACUGCUUAAUAAUAUUGUGUCAUGUUUUCUUCUCUUCGAAAUGCGAUGUCCUUGAUCGGGAUUUGACUUAGUUUUGGUUUUGUGGUUAUAUACAUAUAUAUUAUAUGUAAAUAUUCUUUUCUUUGCAAUUAAAGUUCAAAGGGGAGUUAGCUGUUUACAAGGACCGUAAGGAGGUGUUUGCAUAUUGCCAGGUCUGUCAGAGUUUUCAUUCCUCGCUUCAUCCAUUGCAGAGUGCACCACUAAUAUUAAUAAACUGGAAAGUGAAAACUGUAAACCGCAUGCUGCUAUUAUCCUUCAUGCUUCUUUCUGCUCAGUAGCUCCAUAGGCUUCCUUUGUUUCUGUGAAAUACUGUAAGAAAAAUCCUGAUUUGGGCCAUUUCAUGAGGAUUUGCCUCUGUUCUCUUUCAGUUGCAGCUGAGGUACUGUUAUACUGACGCUUUGAAGGACACUGCAAAUGACUGCAGAUGCUGCAAUGUCACCAUGUCUGCAGCGUUACGUGCUUUUGCAAAUGCCACGUGUAGGGCUCUCCUGAAAGUGUUCUUUACACCAGAACCAUUUGAAGCAAGUAAUAACCAAAGCAUGCUCGUGGUGGCUGCUGCACCCAGGUACUGAAAGCACGCAUUUUGUUGGAAAUUUCUUCCCAUCUCACUUUGUUUUAAAAACUGAGUUUUGUUUUACUUGGUUUGUGUGCAAGUGAAGGUUAAUACUGCCACUGACUUAAGCACAGCAACCAGCCAUCUACUGAAACAACUGGAAUGUGGGCUGUUUCCAGUAGGCACUCUUUAACGUUACCUUGGAAGGUUGUGAGAAGUACAAUUCAGGUGUCCUUUUAAUACUUGAAAUAUAUCUUUUCCUGUAGAUACUACAGCAGGCUACUUGAGAGUUUGUGUUUUACUACUGGGCAAUAUUCCUCCUUCACCACUUUGCUUUUCUUUGUUCUUGUGUUCUUCCAUUUUUCCCUUGCCUUUUGUGCGGUUGCUUUGUGUAUCACCACGUGGCUGUCAUAUUCUGGCUUGCCAAACCAGCAGUGUGUCAGUAUGGUCUAGAGAGCAGCAACACAUUGUGUUCUUUUGUACUUAAAAACUUGGACUGUAUGUUUUGGAAAUGACAGAUUGCAUAAGCUGUAUAUAAAUACACAUUCUAUGUUGGAUGGGGGGAAGAAAUCUGUGGAAAAGAUUUUUUUUUUUUUUUUUAGUGUUUUAUUCAAUGGAGGUUUCAAAUGACCAAGACUUUUCCAGAUGAGACAAAAAUGUGUAUAUUUUUCUAACCAUGAUCACUUUUGAUAUCUGUGUCACUUUGAUACCUAUAGGCAUGUUCACAGAGCAUGCAGACUCCUGAGCGGAGUGCUGAUGAUUUCAGGUACCAUUAUUUGUGGUAACUCAAUGAUGCCUCUGGUGAGGGGAGGCAAAAUUUUUGGCAUUUAUACAAGUGUUUCCAGAGCUUGUGACAACUUUGGGAAGAUUGGCUGCUCUUACAUUUCCUAUUUCUAAUAUUAUUUAUGGUCAGUCUCUUUCAGUUCAAAGAUAAACAAUCUUGAGCCAAAUAUCCACCCUCAGCUAACUUAAAUAAAAUGUUAUACCUGUA